AUGAGCCCCUUCUACAUGGUGUAUGGCCAAGAUCCAGUGCUCCCUGGUGAUCCUCUGAAGCCGUUUAUUGUUCGUGACCUCUCCGACACAAGCUCACAAUCUCUCAAAGAAGCUCGUUUGCCAUCACUUCAACGUUUACGUGACGCUCGUGCCAUUGCCAAGGACCGUACAUCGAAAGAUCGUCAAGCUGAUAAGGAUCGCUGGGAUUUCCAUAUGCAACAUCAUGUAUACAAAGUUGGCGACUUAGUGCUAAUGCGGCAUGAAAAUCGUGUCAACCUGGAACUGAAUUGGAAGGACCUAUCGAGUGGUUGCUUCAGUCGCCUCAAGCCUGUCAACACAUCUUCAAAGCCUUCUCAACCAUGGUAUGAUCCCACUGCAAGUCGUGCCGACAAUCGUCAUCAACCAUCUUUUUCUCGCCCUACCGCCAAACACGAUUGGAUCGAGGACGACCAAUAA